AUGGGUAGGGAUCCUAUUGCUGACAUAAUAACCUCUAUAAGAAAUGCUGACAUGAAUAGAAAAGGAAUCGUUCGAAUAGCAUCUACUAACAUCACCGAAAACAUUAUUAAAAUACUUUUAAGAGAAGGUUUUAUUGAAAAUGUCAGGAAACAUAAGGAGGGCAACAAAAAAUUUUUGGUUUUAACCCUACGACACAGAAGGAAGAGGAAAGAACCCUAUAGAACUAGUCUAAAUUUAAAACGGAUCAGCCGACCUGGUCUACGAAUCUAUUCUAACUAUCAAAAAAUUCCUAGAAUUUUGGGCGGGAUGGGCAUUGUAAUUCUUUCUACUUCUCGGGGUAUAAUGACAGACCGAGAAGCUCGACUCGAAAGAAUCGGCGGAGAAAUCUUGUGUUAUAUAUGGUAA